CUCCUGCAUGACGGGUUCCAAUGAAGAAASAAAUGGUGUACUAAAAUACAAUACAAAAGUAAUAAAAAUGUUGUCUGAAAAAGAAAAACGCGGUAUAACUGACCUUCUGAUGCAGCUUGAUCUGGAAGAUCUUCUUACUCUGACAGAUACAGUUACGAAUCGUGUUGUUUCAGCUGAAAAUAGGCAAGAGGCCGUCCAAGCCAUUCUUUUGUAUACUGCGAGUGCAUCACAAUUAUUGAAGAGAAAGAAAGUGAGACGAGAACACUUAUACAAGUACCUUGCUGAACAGGGUUGUAUUGAAUCUACAUCAUCAGAUAAAAACUUCUUGUGCAGAAAGAUAUUAAAGUUAUGGGGAAGUCCAGGCAAAGAGAUUGAAGUAAAUGAUGACAGAGAUGAUUACAUUCUAAGCACAACRACAGAAAGUGAACAAAAUGCAAUAACGUGUAGUCAGCAUAGCAUACAGCCUGUUUGUGAGGAAAUUGUUCAAACUGAGGGACAGAAGCUGGCAGAGCACUUUAUACCUUGGUUUUAURGUCUACUCAACUCUGUUGCCAAUGGCAGUACUGUUUCAGAUAGCCAAGAUUCCUGGGGUCACCAUCACUUUUGGGAUGAUGCAAAGUGCAGUAUAGCAAUCAUAUCCAGUUAUACUGAAGAUAAGUGUCAAGGGGCAGUAGCUUCAAGUAAUAAGCUUAUGAAUCUUAUGUCAAGCGAGCAGCUCUUCCUAAAUGUCAAUAACUCCAGUAUUAAAGGUGAUAUGGAUACUUAUGGCUUGUGCAGAAUAGUUGCUGGGGGAACAGUUCAUAGAUUCCAGGAAUGCUUAGGUAUAUUUGAACAAUCAUUUGGUCUUAUCAGGGAUCCUUUGACAGACAAUARUUGGAAAAUAAAGUUUACUCAUUUGAAAUUGAAAGCCCAAGGACAAACCCUAAGCAGACAAAUUGAAACUGCACAGGAGGCAUGAAGGCACUAGGACAAUAGGUCAUAAUAACAAUGACGUACCAUUGGGAAGAGGAGUAUAGGCAAUAUGGUUAGGGGUGGACGACAGAUGGGAGAAUGAGGUCUCAAAAACUAAGGUUUAAUAAGGUAGAGGACAUUUUUUCUUGGCCAUAGCAAUUUUGAAGGGAUGUAAGUACCAAUGAGGAAACAAAUCUUGGCACUCAAGUAUGCUAAGGUCUAGUCUCAAACAUGACAUUUUWAUCUCUCAUUGCCACAAAACUUAWCUGAUUUUGAUGGAAAUUGGUACAAGGGAGUCUUGAUGUUUAGAUUUUAGGGGGAUCAUGUGACUAAUUAAGAGAGAUAAGGGAUUUCUAUUCAAAAAAAAAAAGAUUUGGUUAGUAAUAAUGCAUGAAACAAACUUAUACAUUUUAUUAAUAACUAAAUUUAACUUUAAACCAAAAUAUUUACGUAGAAGUAUAAAACUUGGUACAGGGGUAAAAAUUGAGUACCAAAAACUUUCCACCGCUUUCCUGGCGAGAWAUAUUGAAGAAAUUCKUUCUUAUGCCAUGGGUUUCCUGUGCUUUUUUGACACCUUAGGUGAGAAAAUUCACACUUUCAAAUACAUUUUUUGAAAAAAUAAAUUGUAGAACGUGUCUAUGGAAUAAUUAUGAAUGUGUAGAUAAUAUUUUUUCAGGAAUAUUUAAUUUCUAAAUGGCACUCAUUUUAUCCAUAUCAACCACCUUAGUAGAAUCCCACCUAGACAUCUAGAUUAUGACUUACUGUUCAAGGGAUAUCGUAUGAGAUAGGUCAAGUGACCAAUAUUYAUUACUAUAGCUUAAAGUGCAACUAACCCACUAUAGGAUACCCUUAUAAAAAAAUAAGAAUGGCUUUAACUAUUCUUUGAUAUCUCUUUCAUUGCUGAGAUAUUCAAUUUAGAAAUAACAAAAUGAUGACAUCAUCAAAGGACUCUACUAAAAAUUAAAGCACCAAUUUUAUUGCUAUUAUGUUACAUAUCAUGUGCCCCCCAUAGAAUUCAUAAAUAAUAAUAAGUAUUUGAGGCAAUCAAAUUUUAGAAAUCAGGUUACAUGGAUAUCAUGUAAAAUGUAUAUAMAAAACUUUACAUUGAAAUUUGCUAAUUAGUUUAAACCACUCAUUGAUGUAUACUGUUAUGAUGACRCACUUAUAUGGCUUCUCAUAUUGCAUAAAAAUCAGCUUAAAAAAUUGAAGUUAAUUAAUAUUAAUUUCCACAAUAAAAGCUAGCAAUAAACCUGAAGCGAGAGGACGUUUACCUCCGACUCUAUGCCAUAAUAGUUUUUAAAAUUCUUUCAUAUUAAAAUUUUUGAUUCCUUAGAGAAUACAGGAACAAUAGUCAUAAUUAAAGAACAAAAGCAGUGUGAAAAGGAUUAUGRUCUAGAGACAGGGGUAAAACGUCAUCUCGCUUCAGGCUUAUUGUCUUCAAAGUUUGAAGUGAAAAUCCUGAAUUCUUGGCAGGGAAUCUUUUCACAAAAAUCCAAUGCCUUAUAGCUUACUUGGGCAGUCAAACUACUCUCAGUUCCUAAACCUUAUACAACAACCUUUCAUGAUUGUGUAUAGAAUGAGCACUAAAUAGAUGAUACACCUGAUUGAAAAAAACGUCAUAUCAUCGAAGCUAAGAUUGAAAAGGAUUUUGGGUACUCCRAAAUAUGCAUAAUAUUUGCAUAUAGACAUUUAAAAAUGCACAGUAGAGCAAAGUCGGUCGACCUAGAUUAACAUGCCAAAGCUAUUCUCCAAAGAUGUACGCCGGAGAGYGGUUUGGCUGUGGUAUUUUGUCUUCCCAUGCUCCCCUUUGGCUGUGAUGAUAUAACCUUUUUUUGAACCCGACAACGUUUUUUCAAUCAGGUGUAAAUCAUUUCAAUGUUGUACAACCUCCCUUUGAUCCCUCUUCUCAACAAAAUUGACAGGUUACACAUUCCACAUUGAUGUUUUUCCAUCAUCUUCCUUGGAAAUCUUAGCCCAAGCUUAAUUUACUAUACCUAUAAAAAUAAACACUUGUACAUGUUCCGUWAAAAACCGAGCUAGACCAAUGAAAAGAACCCAUACCAAUAAAAAUUGAUAUUAGUGACAAAAAUAAGAUUGUGACUUUCAAUAAUUCAAAAUGAUGUGUACAAUAACCAUUUGGGUUUAAAUGAUAGAAAAGUAUGCUAAAGCCUCUUGAGUUUUUGAAUUUAAAGUGCUUAUAAUAAAAAAAUGUAUUUGUC